AUGGGGGCUAAAUUUGCCCCCAGUCUCGCAAACAUUUUCAUGGCCAAAUGGGAGGAGGAUGUCGUCUAUGCUGCCGCCCGACCGGAGAUAGUUCUCUGGGCGCGGUACAUAGAUGACAUCCUCCUCCUAUGGCGUGGUGACCACGGGUCUUUGGAGUCCUUCAUGAGUCACCUUAAUGACAAUCAAGUUGGAAUCAAUUUAACAUAUGAGGCUAGUACUUCUAACAUUAAUUUUUUGGAUCUGGAAAUUUUUGUACAAAAUAACAGUCUACAAACCAAAACCCACUUUAAACAAACCGACCGUAACGGGUUUAUCCCGGUUGACAGCUGCCAUCAUCCCUCCUGGCUGAAGUCUGUCCCACGUAGUCAGAUUCUGCGAAUUAGACGGAAUUGUUCUAAUGUGGGAGACUUCAAAGAACAAGCAAAGAUUCUCAAGAAUCGCUUUGUUGAUAAAGGAUACUCUGAGAAUCAUAUCCAGGAAGAAAUUGAAAGAAUUUCAACGAUUGAUAGGGCAACCCUGACACGAGAGAAAGUCAAAACGAUUGUAUCUGUCAUUAGGAAAGCAAGUCUAAAUGUUCUAAUUUCUUGGCUUGCUCCAAUCAUCUGGGAUGGAAUAUAUAAUUUAAAAACGUUAAAUGAGCAACACAAGGACACCAGGAUAGGACUGUUUGUAUUUGCUGUGAAAAAGUAUGUUCGGUUUCUUGGUCCAUUCCUGGAAACAGCAGAACGUUUCUUUAUGGUUGGCCACAACGUUACGUAUUAUGUUUUUACUGACAAUGUCAAAAAUGUAUCUAAGCCCAAAAUGGGUGAAGGUCGCAAUCUGCAGUUGCAUGAAGUGUCCGCUGACAAGCGAUGGCAAGAUGUGUCCAUGCGACGAAUGGAAAUCCUGACCGCCAUGACAAAAGAGCGGAUGCCAAAUGAGAUUGACUACUUGGUAUGUUCUGAUGUGGACAUGGUCUUUAAUGACCAUAUGGGAGUGGAAAUCCUUGGUGACCGAUUUGCCACAAUCCAUCCAGGGUACUUUCUUGCUGAUCCACAAGGAUUUACAUACGAGCGACGGCCCAUUUCUGCAGCUUACAUACCUUAUGGUGAAGGGGACUUCUAUUAUAUGGCAGCAUUGUAUGGUGGGAAGGUGGAAGAAAUUUACAAACUUAGCACAGCUUGCCAUAAUGGAAUCAAGGAGGACAAGAAAAAGAACAUUGAAGCCGUUUGGCAGGAGGAGUCCCAUCUCAACAGAUAUUUGGUAUACAAUAAACCUACCAAAGUACUUUCUCCAGAAUAUAUUUGGGACACAAAUUUGCCCAAUGGUGACUUAAUAAAAAGAAAGAGAUUCUUAGCAGUACAUAAAAACCAUGCAGAAGUAAGAAACUAAAAUGUUCUAACCAAUUCACAUUAAACCAUGUGUAUUAA